AUGGGUUGCUGCUAAAAUCUUCGUCUUUAAGAAACUGAAACCAUUGCAAUCCCUCAAUUAAGUAUCAAAUAAGAAUUCACUCCAAAAACUUUAUAAAUGGAGCCCUUCUCCUUAAAUUUGAUUAAGGGAGAUAUCGAUUGCAUAGAGAGGCUAGGGAGCACUUGCGUCGAUAAUAUUUUAGGAGAGAAAUAACUUAGUAGAGUAGAUAGAUAAUAAAGUGAAUAAAUAAAAGGAGAAGUCAUAAUUGAUCUGAGGUAGGCUCAAAGUCCAUCUCUGUUGAUCAAGGAUCGAAGCAGUAGAAAUCUUAACAAUAAAUUUAUAGGGAUGCUAUGA